AUGAAGGGAUGCAAAAUGACCGCAACAAAAGUGCAUUCUACGUCGACGGACAUACAUCCCCGGCUAGGCGGUCAUCAUGUUGCAUUCUCCCCGUCGCCGAUUCAGUCCGAUGAGGGCCACAUCACGAGGAACGCCUACAAAACACCACUCACCCGUCCUCGCGCCCAGAUCAAACUAGCCCACAAGACGAACGCUGGCAGUCAAAGACCGCAGGAUGCAGCGGGGCCAUCCAACAUGGCCGCAUCGGCUGGCAAUCUUGUGCCCACCUGCCAAGCUAGCACAUCAGACACAUCCACAAGCGAAUAGAAAUAUACCAUUGAAGACCACAGACUGACCACCAGCACACCAGCAGGUGCAAAAGGGCCCGCUAACUUGUCCGUGAGGCAUCUGUUCAAGCUAAUGGACAAGCAUUCGCACAAAACGACACCGGCUGUGCCAAUCACCAACGUUGCCAAUCCAAACCUCAACUAUAUUGGUUACGAUGCCGGAUUUUCACACUUUUUAGAUCCGUUGAACCGAGGCAAGUCUGGAGCGACGCUUUCGGCGUCUGACGUAAUGAAUAAUUAUUGCCCGAUAGAGUCCAAUUGCCAUUGAAUGGGAACGAGCCGCAGUCACCGCAGCCGACAACGCCAUCCGUUGAGAUCUGGGAGGAGUCGAUUAUCUCACCCAAUCCAGCAGACCAGCCGCCGAUACCGGUAACGCCACAUCGCACAGGCCAGACGCCCGCCCAAGUUCCUCGACGCCGAGGCCUAAACGGUGGAUGCCACGACACGUGUCGAAAUGGAAUACAAAUCAAAAACGCUCAGCUCGAUGGCAGUUGAAGCUGUGUUGCUGAGCAUUGGGCUGUUCGUCGACAUUGAGGCGAAAAAGGCCCAGGAACGACUAUAUGUACAUUCGUUGUUCCGUUCUUCAAGCUGGGAUUACCGGUACACAAACUGGGAACGAGGACACAUCGCCAAUGCUGGGAACCACCCCAGCAGUCAGCGGGCCAAAGACCAGACAUUCUCAAUGGCGAACAUGGCCCUGCUUUUACUCCGAAAGGACCACCCGGACAGCGAAAGGUGGAGUACAUAGUCUUGGGGGAUAACGAUGUGGCCGUGCCAUCGGAGUUUUUUAAGGCAGUUGCUGUCUUUUACGACGAUGGUGCCGGUAAUGAAGAGGUCCGAUUCCAUGGGUAAAUAAUGGAAAACAGGUCAGAUAUCCCGGAUGCGCCUCUUCAAUCUUUUCAAAAGUCAAAGGACGACAUCUCAAGUUCGAGUGGUUUGAUUUUGUUUCAAGACACCAAAUUCAGCUACGAGAACGAUUUACUCUGCCAAGGAGACAGUCCUAAAUAAACCCACCACUGAGAAAUUAUUGAGAAUGUUCACUGCUGUUCGUUUUGUAGAGGAGACUAGUAAUGAGAAAUAAAAGUUAGUUUCGUAUGCAUACCCAAAUAACGAUA